AUUGUAAACAGAACAGUGUUCAAAAUAAAGAAUACAACAAAAACAAAAGACCAAAACAUGUUCCAUUCACGGUUUAGUUACCGCUUUGGGAUCAUUAAGCGCACAUCGCUUUAGUUAGCCGCACGAUCGGAUCGCUUGUCGCUAUCUUCAGAGGCACUUUUUUUUCGUUGGCAUUGUUGCGCGCGCACAAAGCAAAACUAAUUAAAAGUGAACACGAAACCAUGUAAACAACAAUUAAUUAACAAAACAUCUUCGAAUUCAAACUAACAACUAAAUAAUCGCAUCUAAUCAAAUUCGAAAUUCGCAAAGUGCAACAACAAUUGUAUUAACAUACAUACAUACAUAUACAUGUAUAUAAUAUUAUAAAUAUUUUGAAGGCAUUUCGCCAAAACUGUGUUGUUGUAGUUGCCACGCGUCUAAGUGCUAAGUCGAAAUCGUGAUAUACCACAUAUUCAGAAUAAAUACUCUGUGCUAAGCCAGCGCUCACCUGUUGUCACUGUGUGUGUAUAUGUGUUGGUGCGCACGUGAGAUUAUCGUGCGGCUGUAAUAAAGACUUAAAAAUGGCUCGUCUUACUUUCCUGCUGGCCUCACUGCUGCUGAGCUGUUUUCUGCUGAACGCUCAGGUGGAUGCUAAGGAAUACAUGCGUUGCCAAUUGGCGCGAGAGCUUUUACAAAAAUACGGUAUCAACAAAACGUUUCUCUCCAACUGGAUUUGCCUGAUAGAGCACGAGAGCAAUAGGAACACCCAAGUGGUGAAGCGAAAUCCUAACGGCAGCACCACUUACGGACUCUUUCAGAUAAGCAGCAAGGAAUGGUGUCGCGUUAGUCGCAAAGGUGGCCUUUGCGAUAAGAAAUGUGAAGACUUCCUUGAUGACAACAUUGAUGACGAUGUGGUGUGUGCGAAGCGAAUAUUCGAACGUGUCGGCUUCAAAAAUUGGCCCGGCUGGAGUGCGUCGUGCCGCAACACCCAGAAUCUGCCGAACCUCGGCUUGGCGUGCAACAUACAGACAGUGAGAGCGACCCGAACAUUGGGAUUAAAUCAGAAAGCUAAUUAUUAUAAUUUUAAUAUUAACUAGGUGUAAACGAUAGUGGAACAUUGUGGAGUGUAGUGGCAUUUUGUAACUACCAAACAGCAAAAUGCUACAACACACACACAUCUCACAUACAAUACAUAUUUGCAUCUGUGAGUCACAAUAUGCGUGACUUCAUUGUGGGCAUCCUCACAUACCAUUGGCAACGCUACUUACUGAAUAAAAUUACAUUAAUAUUGAAAAAAUGAAGCAAGAAAGAAAAAAA